CAAAAUGCAGCGAAAAUUAGGUCAAUGUUUCGUAGCCGUCCAAAAGAGGCCAGCCCAGCGCUGCUAUAGCUAUGGCGCGGGCGAUCUCUCCGCCCGCGGCCAAGAAAAACGCUCGCCGGCUGCGUUGGUGUGCCCUUGAGCCGUGAGCGAUCGCUCCACCCUUGGGCGUACUUAGCUACGAUUAGAGGACACACCCCUUAGGUCUUCUCCCUCUUCUGUUCCUCUCUCUCUCUCUCUCUUCCCUCCUCUCUCUCUUACAUGCUUUCCUCGCUGGAUCCAAGGGAGCUUAGGGCUUUUGUGUGUUUCUAGGUUUUUGAGAGAGCCGGGGGGAGACGACGACGAUCUGGUCCAGCGAUGGCUGGAUCUCGCUGGUGAGAGCUCGGAUUGGUGCGCCGGCCCGCGAUGAUGGCGGUUGCAGACAAUGCAGGGAUGGAUGGAUCGGUAGGACUGGGACUGGGAGCCGCGACCGGGUCUUCUCCACAGGGCGGCGGCCCCGGCGGCACGACUAGCAGCUUUGGCGGCAUGGAUUCAUCCCCGGAGCAGCUGUACGAGGUCGGCCAGUCGCAGCGAUCCAACGGCUUGCUAGGCGAGGAGGAUGAUGAGAAUUCCGGCCGGAGUAACGCUAGUAAUGACAGUAUGAGGGAGCUGGAAGAUUUGCUCAAGAAGCUCAACCCCCUGGCCAAGGAGUUUGUUCCACCUUCUCGUGGAGACCCCGCGCUUUCCAAGGAGCUCCUAUCCAAGCAAAUUAACCAUCAACAGCAGCAGCUGCAGCAGCAGCAACCACUGCAGCAACAACGCAAGCAAAACGGAUACAACACAGGGAAGAAGAGAUAUAACAAUAGGCAAAGCAAAGCGCAGCGAGAAGAGUGUAUCCGGCGGACUGUCUAUGUCUCAGAUAUUGAUCAGCAGGUUACCGAGGAGCAAUUGGCAGCAUUGUUUAUCAAUUGUGGCCAGGUUAUUGACUGCCGUGUUUGCGGUGAUCCCAAUUCGGUUCUGAGAUUUGCCUUUGUGGAAUUCACAGAUGAAGAGGGUGCUCGCCAAGCACUUAAUCUCGCAGGAACUAUGCUCGGAUUUUAUCCAGUUCGAGUUUUGCCCUCUAAGACGGCCAUUGUUCCAGUGAACCCGACUUUUCUACCUCGGUCAGAGGAUGAGCGGCAGAUGUGCGCACGUACCAUAUACUGCACGAAUAUCGACAAGAAGGUCUCCCAAUCCGAUGUGAAGCUAUUUUUCGAGUCACUUUGUGGUGAGGUGUCGCGCUUGAGAUUGCUGGGCGACUACCAUCAUUCUACUCGAAUAGCGUUUGUUGAGUUCGCACUGGCUGAGAGCGCUAUGGCUGCGUUGAAUUGCAGCGGUGCAAUUCUUGGCUCGCUACCAAUUCGGGUGAGCCCGUCGAAGACCCCAGUCAGGCCUCGCUCACCUCGACCAUCUUUGCGCUAAAGAUCGGCGAUUACCUGGAAGGCUGGCACAACAGCACACUGUGCGUGUAUCCUUCCCGACAUUGGUGAGAUUUUUUUUUUUCCGGUGGUGGGGGCUUCGGUGGAGAGAAAAGUAGGCCUUUUUGUUUCACAUCUCAUCCCUCCUUGAACAUAGAACACACAGCGAUUGUGAGACACUGAUGAGAUGAAACAAAGUGGCAAAGGAAUCUUUGGGAAUC